AUGUCUACUCGACAUGAAACGUUCCACAGAGAACCAUCAAUACCUAGCAUUUACUAUACCAAGUAUACGCUACGAAACCAAAAACCAAAAACCAUCGAAAAGGCCACCUGGAAUACUACUUCAUACAAACCAGAUGGCAACGACCUCGACUCGAUUCCUGCAAUACCAAUCACGCAACGUCCUGUCACAACAUCUCUACUCGACAUGAAACGUUCCACAGAGAACCAUCGAUACCUAGCAUCUACUAUACCAAGUAUACGCUACGAAACCAAAACCAUCGAAAAGGCCACCUGGAAUACCACUUCAUACAAACCAGAUGGCAACGACCUCGACUCGACCCCUACAAUCCCAAUCAUGCAACGUCCUGUCACAACAUGUCUUGAAUAUGAAACUUUCCACAGAGAAAUCAACGACUCUGUCUCGAUAACCGCACCCAAAACCAUCAUGGCUAUCGAAAAACACCUACCAUAUCACGUCGAUCUGACUGAUACACAAACCAUACGAACGUACUACCUUCAGUACGUACCAACUAUACAAUUACAAUCAACAAAGCCACUUUUCAAUCGAAUAUACCAUCUGGAAUAUCACCUCAUACACCAGAUGACAACAAUCUCGACACUUGCAAUCACAAUCACGCAACGUCUUAUCACAACAUGUCUACUCGACAUGCAACGUUCCACAGAGAACCUCGAUACUGCAAUCAAAACAAUCAUGCACUAUCGGAAAGCUUCAACAGCUACCAAUCACGUCGAUCAGACUACUACGAAAGCACAAAAACCCGCUUUACAGUCUACAUCGACCAGCUCAUCUCGCGGCAGUAGAACCCAGAUGACGCCAACAAUCAAGAAAGAGGAGGAAUCAAAGAUGCAACCCACCUACGUCAGAGACACCUAG